GGAGGGUGGAACUCCCUCUUAAAACGUCACCGUCACCUGACUGAAGUCGCCCGAUUUUGAGGUCGAAUAUAAAAGCACACGCUAGUUGUUCAUGUGUUUAUUACUAAAUGAAUUAAUAUCAUGGCAACUCGUGUCCUACCGUUUCUUGUCUCUAUAUCUGUAUUGCUGUCUAUUGUGACAGCAAAACCACAGCAAACACCACCAACACCAGACUUUGGCAAGCAGUAUGGUUUGAUGGGAACAUUGUCUUUACCCUAUGCUGAACUUAAUGAACCAAUUAUUGCAUAUGUUGAUUUAAUAAACAAUCGCAGCAGAAUAAACUAUUAUGACGGGCUUGUGUCUAUACUUAUGAUUGGAGGAAAAGGUGAUUAUGGAGAGGCAUACACUUUGGCCUAUGUGACCACAUACAAUGAUUUCAAUAAGAGAUCUUGUUUUAAAGUAGCUGGCAGUAGUGAUGCAAGAAUUGUCCCUCAAAUAGCCUUACCAGACCUCUCAGAUUACAAGUUCAUUGGUAGAAGCACUUACAUUGAUUUCCGGAUACAAAUAUUUGAAAAAGUUGAGAAAAUAGGUUCAAAAGUAAACACGUACACUAUGUGGGUGACGGAUGAUUCACAGUAUCCACUUCGUUUUGAAAUGAUGGGUUAUGAUUCAAUGUUUGGUUCUCAUUAUGACAAAUACACCAUAAACUACAAAGUCUUCAAUAAAGGCCCACCAGAUGAGAGCCUUUUUGUUAUUCCAUCAUCCAUGAAGUGUACUGGAUUCCCUGGACCUGGUGACAAACACUUAGCAGCCAUGAACCCCUUGUUGGAAUUGGUUGACAGAAAAACUUCCUAUGUUGAUGAUAUGUUUGAGGAAUUUAAGCAGAAACAUAACAAAUCCUACAAUAACGAAAAAGAGCAUAGUAAGUGCAAACACCACUUUUUACAAAAUCUUCGUUAUAUUGACUCCAAGAAUCGUGCUGGUCUCAAAUAUACUCUGGCUGUGAAUCAUUUGGCUGAUUACAGUGAAGCUGAAUUGAAAGUCUUGCGAGGCUACAAAAGCUCUGGUCAGAAGAACAAUGGUCUUCCAUUUGAUGAAAGUCUCAUUAACAAUUCUUCCAUUCCAACCACUAAAGACUGGAGGCUAGAGGGAGCUGUAACUCAAGUGAAAGACCAAGCUGUCUGUGGGUCUUGUUGGAGUUUUGGUACUACAGGAACAAUUGAAGGAGCAUAUUUCUUGAAGACUGGUACUUUGAUUCGCUUGUCGCAACAAGAAUUAAUGGAUUGCUCAUGGGGUGAGGGCAACAAUGGCUGUGAUGGAGGUGAAGAUUUCCGGGCUUAUGAUUGGAUUAUGAAGACAGGUGGCCUGACAAGUGAAGAUUCUUAUGGACCUUAUCUUGCUGUUGUAAAUAUUUUUAAAUACUUCUUUCUUUAUGCUAAUGGUGUAUACUAUGAGGAAAAAUGUGGAAGUGGACCAGAUUCACUCGACCAUGCUGUUCUUGCUGUAGGAUAUGGUGAAUUGCAUGGAGAACCUUACUGGCUUGUAAAGAACUCAUGGUCAACUUAUUGGGGCAACAAUGGUUAUGUUUUGAUGUCACGUAAAAAUAACAACUGUGGUGUCACAACCUCACCAACAUAUGUUAUAAUUGAGUGAUCUAAGCAAUAAUUCUUUAAAUUCCAGUAAAAUAUUCUGUAAAUAUAUUUUUUUAGAUGAAAUUUCUAAUAAACGAUAAACAUUGAUUUUGUUAA